AAGAUAACCAAAAAGACUAAAGAUUACAAUGAGUUAUGUUAUGCCUAAGUCAUACACUAUGCAAUGUUUUGUUCUAUUGUCAGCUUUGUUGCUCUCGUCGCAACUACUUUCCGUACAAUCUCAGGAAGGGAAAGCUCUCUUCUCUUCCUGCCAAACUAUAAGAGGGAACUUCACCGCCAAUAGCAUCUUUGAAGUCAACCUCAAGUCACUUAUCUCCUCCCUCUCGUCUCUUCCACCGACACAAGACGGCUUUUACAACGUUUCUUUUGGAGAAACCGAUAACGAGAAAGUCAAUUCUUUGAUGCUGUGUAGAGGUGAUGUCAAACCCAUUGAAUGCAUCAGAUGCAUUAUUAGAGCCGGACAAGAGAUUAGGGAACAAUGUCCGAACGAGAAAGAAGCCAUCAUAUGGUACGACAAUUGUAUGCUCAGGUACUCAAACCGCACAAUCUUGAACACGAUGGAGACAUUUCCUGGAUAUUCUUUUGCCACGGAUUUCGAUUUCCCGGGUGAAAAAGGUGCAUGGGAGAACAUGCUAACGACUUUAUUAGAAGGGUUAAUGAGUAGAGCAGCGGCGGGUGGGGAGAGGAAGAAGUUCGCCGUCUCUAAAAAGAGUGGGCCUUCCCUUCAAACGUUGUACGGUCUCAUGCAGUGCACGCCCGAGAUUUCGGAACGUGACUGCAUUGAUUGUCUUACGUGGAAUAUAGGUCGAAUUCCUAUUCUUUGUAAUACAAAAAUGGGUUGCAGGCAGGCAACCGUCAGCUGCAAUUUGAGGUAUGACACCUCACGGUUCUAUGAUCUGACAGCGGAGGAGCAACCGCGGGCAUUGCCGCCAGCCCCUCUUCCAUCUCCUCCUCCUUCUCCAUCAAAUGAGAGAGUGAGUGACGGAAAAGGUUUUGCUAUAGAUGACGUUAAAGGUGUCGUUAUUAUUGUUGGCGGCUUUGUCCUCCUUAUCGUAUUAUGCGUUGUUAUUGUCUUGACUCUUAAGAAGAAGAAACACAACCGCCAAAGCAAAGAGGAUGUACAAGGCAAAGAAACCACUGAAACCAGAGGACUCGAACUUAGAUAAACGUGAUAAGGAAGAUAUAGUGACUUGCAUUAAGAUUGGUCUGGGAUGCGUUGAAUAUAAUCCUUCAGACAGA